AUGUACAACCACGCAAGACCGCGCCUUGGGCUCAGGGAAGCCCCAGCACGGCGGAUCGUUGUCGCCCUCGCUGCAGCCGCACUGGUGGUAGCGCUACUUUGGUCGCCUGUUUGCCCUGUCAUGUUUGCACGGGGGCAACGCGUGGCCGGCAACGUUGGCUCUUUCGAGGAGGUUACCAUCGCUGAUGUCAUAGGGAAGGAUUGGCUCCUGACGGGCAUUAGCACCCCAGAGGCCCAAAAACUUGGUCUUGUGGAUGGCACAGUGACCACAGUUACAGGCGAUGUGGUGGAUAUGUCCUCAAAACUGUCUGCCCCAACGCAAUGCAGCGGCCGUCUGUGCGUCGACCUCCAGCAGUACGCCGCCGAUCACCCCGAACUGGCAGACAUCAACGCCAGAGUCCUGCUGUGGCGUCCGAAGCUCGUAGGCACCAUUGCCGGGAAUCUGUACGAUCCAAGCACCAAGGAUUGGGCCUCGGUCAUUGCUACGUGCCGUGCCAUGUUCGAACACGAGAAGAGGCUGGCUAGCUUCUUUAUCCGGGCAUCCUUCCACGACUCUAUGGCGGUGGAUGUGAGCCAAUGCCCGGGACCCAACUGCGGCGGAGCGGACUGUUCGUUGCUGCUCACGAUUGACGAGAUGACCCGGCCAGAAAACGCUUAUGACGACUUCUCGCUCCUCACGUCCCGGGCCGCCAAGAAGAUUGCAUCCUUCUUCGACAUCAGCGUCGCGGACACGUUAGCGGUAGGCCAGCUUCCGGAAGUUUCCGCCGGCGUAGGAGAUUUUGUACAUUUCUGGAACGCUCGCGGUAUCACCACUCAAGAGGCCAUGGCGCUAAUGGGCAGCCACGCGCUGAUUGAUAAUCAGGGUUGCUUCCAGGGCCCCACACGCAGUAAAGUGUGCGACCCCACGUCGGAGGAUUGCACCAAUGUGCGCAUGUUCAGGUGGGAAAACCACUACUUCCAUGACCUGUGCUCUCCGACUCUUAAGGUUACUGUGAGAACCGACGAACCCCCCGAGCCACGGGAAACACCCAUCCUGGGUAUGACGGAACCCGAAAUGGAGGCGGAGUCCCGCUUGGAAACGUGCUUGUUCACCAGCGAGGAGUUCCGCACCUCGGCACGCAACCAGCUAAGGCUGAUGCAGGCUGGUCUGGUUCGGGAGCCCCCUCCCGACGUGCCCGAAAACGUGAUCAUUGACUGGAGCAAUCGCAACUGCACGGCCGCCGCGUUGUUCGGAGUCCCAUCGUCCACAACCUGCCCGCACGCCCCCAAGUGGCUCUACACACCCAACGAUGCCUUCCUGGGCCAAGCCUGCCAGGGACUGGGUACUUCGGCUGCACAUGCGAGCGUGCGAACCGCCGCCAGGGCCUUCCUCCACCAGCCCUCCUGGGACGAGACCUACCGCACCGCCUACAUCAAGAUGGUCUCCAAAUUUGCGCGCUACUCCCCGGCCGCCAUUGCGAGGCCCUUCAACAUCAGCGGGAACGAGUGCACCAGCGGCUAUCAUUUGGAGGCAGCCUGCGCGCAGUCGUACAUCGGGCUUGCCACGCAGGACACGAAGGAUUUGUACGGCGGGCUGUACUCCACUCUCGAUAAAGCGGGCUUGUGUGCAUGGUGUUCCAAGGGUACCUGCCCCCUCGAUCGGUGCUAUUCCUGUGUUUCAUCCUUUACCGCUCGGCUGCCCAAGAUCCGCAACGCGCUGGUGACGGGUCCCAACUGCUGCACCUGCUCCACCGCUCUGCGCAAGUUCCGCUAUGACCCCGGUUCUCAGGAGGUGCUCGAUCUGCCCGCCGUGGUGCGCUACCUGGAAGUCCUGCCCGCCACCACCACCACCAUCACCACCACCGGCGGCGACACAACAGGCGGCAACAUUGACGGCACACGUAUCGUGACGGUGGAUGGCAUUUCAACGGUAGAGCAACUUCCCAAACCUGUCCUCGACGGCGCGACUCAGGUCGACACAACUUACGCCCCCCCGAAGGAGUACGUGCUGUACACCCAACAGCCGCUCAAGCGGCUGCCACUGCUGGAGUACAUGCGCAUUCCCGAUCGGCGUCUGGACCCAAUUGUUAUUGAUGAUGAUAACGCCAUCCCUCCGCCGUUGCCUUACAUUCUCAGGCCUGGCACCACCAUUUGUAUGGAUGCGUACGAAAUUGACGUCUACCCGACAACCGUCAACAUGGGCUGCCCGAGCGGCCUCACCUGGAUCCUGUCGUACAAUGGAUCCUCGCCCGGUCCUACCAUCCGUAACCCUGUCGGUCGACAGACCCUUAUCCGCUUUAACAACCGCAUGACUACCCCGGCGCUUGCCAGCACGCCUUUCUCGCCGUACACCCCGUGCGAUACAACACCCGGACGACAGGGCCGGCCGAUAGCUGUCCACAACCACGGUGAAGCGAGCCUCGCACCAUACGACGGCUGGGCGGAGGAUACGACCUGCGGCGGGGAGAGCAAGGACUACUACUACCCCAGCCGCCGUGGGGGUUUCGGCUGGUACCAUGACCACCAAUUGGAGCUCACCUCGGAAAACGCAUAUUUCGGCUUGUCCGGCAUGUACGUCGUGCACGACAGUCCCGCGGAGGGUGGCUGCGGCGAGCCCUGGAACCUGAACGGCAUUCCCGACACGGAGAUGCAGUUCAAGGAUGCCGUACUGGAUGGCAACUGUCAGCUCUUCUACGACCGCAGUGGGCCCCACCGGGAUAACCUGUACGGCGAUGUCAACUUGGUCAACGGCGUCCCGUGGCCGGUCAUGACCAUAAGGCCCCGCUGGCAUCGCUUCAGGUCUGGACGGGUAUACUGGUACACGGGUGCUGUGUGCCUUCAUUUCCUUCAGUGCGGACCUGCGCGCGCCAUUCUCGUGCUUUGUAACUCCGUUGGGGGGGGUAUCCUGGGUGCCUCGAGCGCUGCCAGGUGGCUCAACUCCGCCGUGACGCGCCCCUACAAGCUCCGCAUCGUCGCUUCCGACGGUUCCGACGUCAGCAGCCGCAUCUGCCAGGUCAUAGCCGGCGAGGGUGGCCUGCGCCGCACGCCGGCGCGCUUCCCUGCCGCCGGGCUUUUCUUGGGCGUUGCGGAGCGGUACGAAGUCGUCUGCGACUUCAGCAGCUACAGCGGCCGCACCUUCUUUCUAAUGAAUGUCAAAGACGAGCGCCGCAUGAAGAGCGUCCCGUUCUUCUGCCACUCUCACCUGCUCAUGAAGAUUCAAGUCUUCGGGAUCGCCAGCGGCCCGACUUUCCAGCCGUUCGUUCCUUCACGCACAACACUGGAUGCUGUCCUGAAGGAGGCCACCGAUAUUCCUAACGCGCUCAGUAUGGUUCGCAGCCGGCAGUGUACCAGGAGUUUCCGCUUUGGCCGCCGUCACGGCCAGUGGGUGAUCAACGGCGAGACUUGGCACACCGCUCGCGUGGCGGCUGGUAACGUGGGCCAAAACACCUGGGAGAUUUGGUGCCUGGAGACUGGCGGCGGCUGGUUCCACCCCAUCCACAUUCACCUUGUGGACUUCUACGUGCUGGCACGCAACCACGACGAGUCGCAGGUACACGAAUACGAGCGGUGGACGUCCAAGGACGUCGUACAGCUGGACCCAAGCACCCAUGUAUCGCUUCUGGUCAGGUUCGGUCCCCACCGCGGCGAGUACAUGUUCCACUGCCACAAUUUAAUCCACGAGGACUUUGAGAUGAUGCGUUCCUUCCGUGUCGCACACACUGCUGCCGGACAUGCCGGUACAGCGUUGUCGAUGCAGUCGCAGCCAGGUCUCGUCACGAGCCUGAAUGUCAUAUACGACCUGUACAACGAUCCAGUCUAUCCCAGCUACGGGCCAAGGUCCACGGCGAGCUUGACCCCCCUGCACUUCACGUUCAACCCUUCCGUACAAGCUGCCCUGUCGCACGCCAUUAACCACGGAAUCUACAGGAUCUUCUAUCCCGGCGGGUCCAGCGGAGAGAAUUUGCUGCUGUUCAGCGCAACGCACAACCCCUGGCUGGUGUCGCUGCCGACAAGUAGCCGCUGCUAA